AAGUUAAGGUCAAAGGUCACGGAAUUUGUUGACAGUGUGUAUUUCGCUCAAUUUGUUCAAAGUCACUUAAUUUUUAACGGAUACAUAAAGGGAAAUCGACAAAAUGAAAAUGUAGGAGAAAAAGAGGAAACUUUGAUUAAAAGAUUAAAUGUAAGGUGAAUAUGUAAAAACUGCAGCAUAAUUAAUAAAAAUCUCAAAAUUUCUGACUCACUGUUUCAGUGGUUGACUGUAAUUUUUUUAUACAAUGUGUUUUAAAUGAUUUCAAAAGCUGUUAAUAUUCUUCUUUAAUAUUGUUAUUAUUAACAAUGUAAUUGGUAUUUAAAUGGCAUCCCACUCACAGGAUUAUAAUAUAAGACAAAAACCAGUGCCUGCACGUAGAAGCGGCGUAUCCCCAGAAAUCUCUCCGAGAAGCAACAUGGCAGACCCAACAUCUAUUGGGUCACGAUCUGCUCAAGCCAUGGCUGCUGCCGCAAUGUCAAUGAGAGGUCAAGAUCCGCAGCAUAUGAAUGACACAAAAGCAAAAACUGUUUUGAAGGAGGCAGUGGAUGCUGUGGUGAACAGUUUCGCAAAACAUACUCAAGGAUAUGGCAGAGUGAAUGUGGUAGAGGCCCUUCAAGAGUUUUGGCAGAUGAAGCAGGACCGAGGUGCAGACCUGAAGAAUGGGGCUUUGGUUGUGUACGAGUCCCAACCCGCAAAUGCUCCACCUUACGUUUGUUUUGUGUCGCUGCCUGGAGGAAGUUGUUUUGGAAGUUUUCAGCACUGUCCGACUAAGGCCGAGGCCAGACGUAGCGCAGCAAAGAUAGCGUUGAUGAAUUCUGUGUUCAAUGAACAUCCCUCUAGGAAAAUAUCGGAUGAGUUUAUAGAGAGGGCUGUGAGAGAUGCCUGUGCUUCAUUCAAGGGCAAUAUGGAAGAGGCAGAUAAUCCAAACACUGGGAUUGGUGCAUUUCGAUUCAUGUUAGAGUCAAACAAAACUCGCACCAUGCUGGAAUUUCAAGAACUGAUGACCGUGUUUCAACUUUUACAUUGGAAUGGCAGCUUAAAAGCAAUGCGUGAGAGAAACUGUUCUCGACAGGAAGUGUUGUCACAUUAUUCGCAUCGUGCCUUGGAUGACGACAUGCGUUCACAGAUGGCGCUUGACUGGAUAGCGCGGGAACAGGAAAUUUCAUCUAUUAUAGAGCGGGAAUUAGAAAUUGCAGAAAGAGAACUAGAAAGUGCAAGACUUGCUGGGAGAGAGCUACGGUUCUUUAAAGAAAAACGUGAUAUUCUUGUCUUGGCAUUAAGCCAAAUUGGCCCCAGCGAUAGUUUAGCAUAAGUUGUGCUUUUAGUUACAGAAGUACAUAGAGAUCUGAAAACUUCAGAAAACAUGUCAGUUGUAGACAAUGUGAAAGUCCAGGGUUAAUGUGAAUAUUUUUUUCGUAUUUAUUGUAAACAGCCUGUCUGUCUGUUUCCUUUAUGCCCUACUUUCAAGUUUGAAUUUAACAAAAAUUGACAAUGUAAAUUGACAAUGUGGUAUAGUAAAUAAGCAAUAAAACACAUCUUUACCAGGCAGAUGUGGUUUUGGAAAAUUAAGGAAGUAAAUUUUAAUAUUCUGUUUUUGUUUGUUUUUUUUUUAUCAGUCUUUGCAACAUAGUACAGUCAGUAUCUUUUACUCCUUUUUUUUCAUAAACCUUGUGUUCAUAAAUGUUGUAUAUUUAUGUACAUUUUGUAAACUAGUAAGGUGUGUGUGAUUACAUAUAUUAAGGUUACAGACGUAGGUAUCAAUAAAUCAGAUAAAGGUUUAAAUGUAUUGUGCUGGAGGGCAAAUUGCUGUUAAAAGCUUAGGCCAUACCAGUCUGUUCCAAUGAUUAAUUAACUUCUUUUUUGCAAGACUUGGUUAAUUUGUAUUCAAUUAAAUACAGUAUUACAAAAUAUAUAUUUUUCUGGUCUACCUGAACUGAGAAACACAACAGACUUUUAAGAUUACCUUUAUAGAGAUUUGAUUUUAUAGAUUGUUGUAUUUUGCUUUAUGAGGGAGUUUGGAACAUUUUUGAAUAUUUAAAGCCACAUAUCACUAGUAUACAUGUAUAUACAAUGAAUUCUGUAAAAUAAGCUUUAAACUAAAAUCCAACAAUAUUUAAGCAUGUAUUAUAUUUAUACCAAUCACAAAACUGCACAUUACUCAGAUGGCAUUUCAUUGGAUAUUUAUUAAAGAUGGGAGUAAAGUGUUGUUUUAUCAUAUAUAUGAUCUAUAUCUAUAUUAUAGAAAUUUAUAGAAAUAAUAUAUCAUGAGGUUUCUUUCCUAAAUUUAUUAAAAAGUUACUAAACUUGUGUAAAAGACUCAAAUACGUCAUAUCACCCUAAUUAGCCAAUAUAAAUAUAUUUACUUACAUGACUCGUUAUAGAAAUUGCCAGUCCAUAGUAUGUACUAUUGACUGGUCUAUAGUUUAGCACAGGCUUGAUGGGUUGAAUUCAAAACUGGAGGAAAAAAACUUUGAAUUUAAUUUCUAGUGUCAUAGAAUAAAACAAGUACUGAAUGGCUAGCCUGUCAGUAAUCAAAACUGUUAACCUCCCAUCUUUCAGACCUCCGGCAAAUAGUUUUGUGAUAAAAUUACCAACUAAAGAGUGCUUAGCUUUAUUAUUAUAUCUGGUCUUUUUGGAACAUAGAGUCCAUUUAAUGGUUUUUAGCUCAUCUGAUUUUUUGAAAAAAAAUGAUGAGUUAUUGUCAUCACUUGAGCAGUUGUUGGCGUCGGCGUCGGCGUCGGCGUCUGCGUCGGCGUUGCCUGGUUAAGUUUUAUGUUUAGGUCAGCUUUUCUCCUAAACUAUCAAAGCUAUUGCUUUGAAACUUGGAAUACUUGUUCACCAUCAUAAGCUGACCCUGUAUAGCAAGAAACAUAACUCCAUCUUGCUUUUUGCAAGAUUUAUGGCCCCUUUUGUACUUAGAAAAUA